GGGAGGCUUGCCCCUCCCGCCCGGCGGGACUUUCGUUUCUUCGGUGGAGGCGUGGUAUCUGCAAGAGGAAAUUGCUCGAGGCGAGGGACGGGAAUCUUCUCCCGCUGGGCAGCGGCCGCCGGUCAGCGGGCGAGGAGCGGGAGUGAAGGCAAUGGACGGUGCCCGUGGCAGAAAGCCGCAGGGCGGGCGCGGGGCGCGGCCCGCAGCUCCGCGGGGCCGGGGCGCAGGUGGCAGCCGUAGCGGCACCGCUACAUCCCGAGGGCCUCGGAGGGAGGGAUCCACCGCCCGUCGGCGGCCCUCCGCCACCAAGAGCCUGUCGGCGGGCCCUGCAGCGAGCGGCGGAGAGAAGCUCCCCGCUCGGCGGAACGGGACAGCUGUCACCAGAGUCCCCGCGGCUCGGAGGCGAGCGGAGGUGCCAGACGGGGCGGUACCGGCCUCAGGGGCUGUCCUGCGCUCCCCGUCGGUAGCGGGAGCCCCGCGGUUACGGGAAGUGGUGUCGCGGCUGACCCUGGUCCGCGAGGACGUAUCCGAGGCGUCGGAGCUGGUGAACAAGGUGGUCUCGCGCCUCAUCCAGGCUCUCCGCAGCAACGGCGGCAGCUUCAGCUCCAUCAAGCGGCUGGGCGCCGGCAGCUACUACGAGCACGUCAAGAUAUCAGAACCAAAUGAGUUUGACAUCAUGCUUGUAAUGCCUAUUGCACGACUUCAGCUGGAUGAAUGUGAUGACACUGGAGCCUAUUACUAUGUAACAUUUAAAAGAAAUCCAAAAGAAAGAUAUUUGUUGAAGUUUUUAGAUGAAAACGGGAAAUUAUCAGCCCUUAAAAUGCUUCAAGAGCUAAGAGAAAUUAUUAAACAAGAAGUGAAAAACUUUAAAGAUGUGGAAGUAACUGUGCAAAGGAGAAAGGCUGGAAGCCCUGCAAUAACUCUUCAGAUCAAAAAUCCUCCAGCAGCAGACAUAUCAGUGGACAUCAUCUUGACUCUGGAAGUUCAGCAGAGCUGGCCACGCAGCACACAGGAUGGCCUCAAAAUUGAACUGUGGCUGGGAAGAAAAGUCAAGGGACAGUUCAGAAACGAAGCAAUUUAUUUAGUAGCCAAACAAAACAAAAAAGAAAAGGUUCUAAGAGGAAACACCUGGAGACUCUCUUUCUUGCAUAUCGAGAAGGCCAUGCUGAAUAACCACGGCAGCUCAAAGACAUGUUGUGAAUCUGAUGGACUGAAGUGCUGUAGGAAGAGUUGUCUUAAGCUUCUGAAGUAUCUUCUAGAGCAACUUAAGAUGAAAUACCCCAAAAAGUUGGAAAAAUUCUGUUCGUAUCAUGUCAAAACUGCUUUUUUCCACUCAUGCGUCACAUGGCCAAACGACACAGACUGGCAUUCGGGAGACCUGGAUUAUUGCUUUCAGAAAUGUCUGGGAUAUUUUCUGCAUUGCCUGCAAAAGUCUCAGCUGCCACACUUUUUUAUUCCCAAAUACAACUUGCUCAGCCUGGAGGAUAAGGUGAGCAACGACUUCCUUUCAAGACAAAUAAACAGUGAACUGAACAAUGGAUUCCCAAUAUUUCAGGAGAGGUUUUAAAACCACUCUUUACAAUAACUAUCAUGUAGAUUUGCAGAUUUAAAACCAUAAAUUUUGCACCUUAAGCUACUCCUCAGUAGUCUGAUACAGAAAUCAAAAUCAAGAACACAGAAAAAAAUUGCAUACUUCUGUUAUAGCUUAGCCACAACCCUUAAAAGAAAUAGGAAUUUAAUAUUUAUCUUCUGUAUCCAAAUACAGAUGCCAUCUGCAAAGUAUGCUCGUGGUAUACUAGGAAUGUAUAGAAGAAUUUGCAAGUUAUUUUCCUACAUGUAAUUUCUACAAUUCCAAACAAAGGCAUCAGUGACUGCAUAAAAUGAAAAAAAGACAAUUUUAUUUAAAAUGAAGAUCCACUGCAGAAUAUCACAAACACGCUCCUGCUUUCAAAACGUAAAGGCACUGGAGCUGCUUUCAUAUAAACCAGAACAACUUCUCCAGACCAACUGGGUGGACAAUCACCACCAACAGUGAGUGAGCAGAGAGAGAAUAUGUUAUCAAAACAUUAUGAAAUUCCUUAUCUUAUACUAGUUACUUAUGGAGUCUUCAGAAUUGCUUUGGAAAUUGGUUUUUUUUUUUUUUUCACUGGACUUUGGAUGGGA